AUGUCCGUACCCCAAGGAGAAUUGACAUCUGGAGAGAAGAAGCCGGUGGUGUGUGUCUUCUGUGGAUCCUCUCCAGGUCUCAACCCAGCACACCUUGAAUCUGCCCGCACGCUGGGGAAGCACCUUUCAGAGGCAGGUUACAAGCUCGUUUAUGGCGGAGGAACUAUGGGCGUGAUGGGCGAAUUGGCCAAGACGAUUGUGUCGCUAUCCGGUCCUGACUCGGUGCAAGGCAUCAUCCCACGCGCUUUGAUCCGCUCAGAGAAGGACGCCACGACCCGAGGCUCAACUAGUCGUCACUCGGCCAAGGAAGCUGAACGUACCAUGAGUGAAGCGGAAUUGGAAAGAAUCGACAGUAACGAGGACCCCGAUGCCUGGAUCGUCCCCAAGUCCGAGUUUGGCGGCACAACGAUCGUUCCGGACAUGCACACUCGCAAGCGAAUGAUGGCUCAUUCGGUUGAGGCUGGAGGACCAGGAUCUGGCUUCGUUGCGUUGGCAGGGGGCUAUGGCACAAUGGAAGAAGUCAUGGAGAUGGUCACGUGGAACCAGUUGGGCAUUCACAAGAUCCCAAUUAUUGUGGUCAAUAUCAAUGGGUAUUGGGACGGUCUGUUAGAACUGGUCAGGAACAGCGUCAGAGAGGGUUUCAUUAGUCCAGGAUUGGCAAACAUCCUGGUGGAAGUCAGUAGUACAGACAAGGUGGUCGAGGCGUUGCGACAGUAUGAGGUUGCCGAGGGAAGAUAUCAACUCGACUGGAACAGAAUCGAACCAUAA